AUGGUGAUAAGGCGGAGGGCAAUCCAGAAGCGGGUGAGCGGAUCCGUGAGAUUCAUCAGAACAUGGGCGGAGUACAAGACAGGGUUUGGGAAUCCUAAAGAUUCCUACUGGAUUGGGAAUGACGUAAUUCAUCAACUUACCAAGGGAAGGAACUCCUCCCUCUACGUUUCCAUCACACUGACUAAUGGGACAAAACUCUAUGAAUUAUACAACCAGUUCUCUGUUGCUGAUGAAACCAACAACUACAGGCUCUUCCUUGGAGGACCAGCUACCGGGACACUGGGUGACUGUAUGCUAGACACCGGGGAUUCUGACGGAGAUCUGUCCGGGAUGGCGUUCACCACCCCUAGACAGAGACCACGACAGAUGGAGUAGAAACUGUGCUGUUUAUUGGGGAGGGGGAGGAGGCUGGUGGUAUAACCGCUGUCACUACGCCAACCUCAACGGCCCCUGGUACCCGGCAGAGUGGUCCAGUCCAUGGUGGCCUACCGUGACGGAUGGUGGGGAGAUAAAGGAGACACUCAUGAUGAUAAAACCUCACUGACUGUGUUAUAUCUUAUAGUAAGAGAUGGUAGAGAGAUAAAGGAGACACUGAUGAUGAUAAAACCUCACUGACUGUGUUAUAUCUUAUAGUAAGAGAUGGUAGAGAGAUAAAGGAGACUCUCAUGAUGAUAAAGCCUCACUGACUGUGUUAUAUCUUGUAGUAAGAGAUGGUAGAGAGAUAGGAGACUCUCGUGAUGAUAAAACCUCACUGACUGUGUUAUAUCUUAUAGUAAGAGAUGGUAGAGAGAUAAAGGAGACUCUCAUGAUGAUAAAACCUCACUGACUGUGUUAUAUCUUAUAGUAAGAGAUGGUAGAGAGAUAGGAGACUCU